AUGGACAAAAGUUGGAUGGAGAAGCGGAGGGGUACAAGGGAAUAUUUUGAAGGUGUAAACCAAUUCGUGGAAUUUGCUGCUCCAUCCGCGCGCAAUGGGAAGAUCUUAUGUCCUUGUGUGAAAUGUGUGAAUUUGCUUAUACAACCGCUAAAUGUGGUACGUGAGCACUGUUGGGCUUCGGGGAUGCUUAAAAAUUACAAAGUUUGGAAAUUUCAUGGUGAAUCGGCGGUUGCUACGCCAGCUAUCGAAUGUGGGAGCUCUCAUGUGCAAGAAACCCAAAAUCCAUAUGGUGAUUUCCAUGGGAUGUUGCACGAUUUGUGCCCCCCGCAUGAAAUCCCACCCGAACCAAUGGAAGAAGGUCCAACUGCGCAAUGUCCGGGUGAAGGUCCGAAUGAUGACGCCAAGAAGUUUUACAAGAUGGUAGAUGAUGUAGACAAACCUUUAUAUGAAGGUUGUACAAAAUUUAGCAUUUUCUCAGCCAUUGUCGUGUUGUUCCAGUUGAAGACUCUGUGUGGUUGGACAAAUAAGUCAUUUACUCUGUUGCUUCAAGUCCUGAUGGAUAUGCUUCCUUCAGACGCUAAGUUGCCAAAGGACCAUUAUGAGGCUAAGAAGAUAGUUCGAGAUUUGGGUUUGGGUUAUGAGAAGAUCCAUGCUUGUCCCAAUGAUUGUAUGCUGUUUUGGAAGCAAAAUGUUAACCUCGAGGCGUGUCCUUGUUGUAAAGCUUCAAGGUGGAAAACAAAUGAGGCAUCUGUUGCUAGUAAGCAUGCUUCAUCCAGUAAGGGGAAGAAGAAAGUUGCGAAGAUCCUACGGUGGUUCCCCUUAAAGCCAAGAUUGCAGCGACUAUUUCUGUCACCCGAUCUGGCUAGUUCUAUGAAAUGGCAUGUUAAUGGUCGUACUGAUGAUGGGGUAAUGCGGCAUCCUGCUGACUCAGAUGCAUGGAAAAUGUUUGACAGUAAGCAUUUACACUUCUCAUCUGACCCUCGUAGUGUCAGACUUGGAUUAGCUGCGGAUGGGUUCAACCCCUUCGGAAUUAUGAGUACUAGUCACAGUACGUGGCCUGUCAUGUUGGUCCCGUACAAUCUCCCACCUUGGCUGUGCAUGAAACGGUCAUCUUUGAUUCUAUCAUUAGUUAUUCCUGGUCCUACCUCGCCAGGGAUUGCUAUAGAUGUGUACUUGGAACCGUUAGUAGAAGAACUAAGGGAGGUAUGGGAUGUUGGAGUACAAGCAUACGAUGCAUCUUCAAAAGAAGUAUUCCAAUUGCGUGCAGCAUUGAUGUGGACCAUAAAUGAUUUUCCUGCAUACGCAGAUUUGUCGGGUUGGAGUACCAAAGGUGAGUUGGCGUGUCCUUCUUGUGCCGUGAAGACCGAGUCUCGAUAUUUGAGAAAUGGUCGCAAAUUCUGUUACAUGGGACAUCGGCGAUGGUUGGAUGUUGACCACGAUUUCCGCAAAGAUGGUAUGUCAUUUGAUGGAUCUAUUGAUACUCGAUUGGCUCCUGAACCACCAGUCACAUCUGACAUUAUUGUGGAAACUGAACAUUUACUUGGACGUUGUCUGGGUAGGAAAUGUCAGCUUGCUUACAAAAAAAGGAAGAGAAGGGAGGCAGACCAGAGUGGUUGGAAGAAAAGGAGUAUAUUUUUUACCUUGCCUUAUUGGGAGGAUCACAAGUUGCGACACAAUCUUGAUGUGAUGCAUAUAGAGAAGAAUGUGAUGGACAAUAUACUAAGCACACUGUUGAACUUGAAGGAUAAAACGAAGGAUAAUUACAAGGCACGCCUUGACUUGGCGGACAUGGGGAUAAGGAGUGAACUCCACCUACAACGAAAAAGUGAUGACCAGUAUACCAUACCGGCUGCAUGUUUUCAUAUGACUUCAUCGGAGAUAGAUGGUUUCUUGCAAGUUUUGAAGGAUGUAACAGUGCCCGAUGGGUACGCUUCCAAUAUCUCACGGCGUGUGAAUAUGAAAGAACGCAAGAUUUCUGGUUUGAAGAGUCAUGAUAAUCACAUAUUGAUGCAGCAAAUUUUUCCCAUAGCAUUACGUGGGUCUUUGCCAUCUCAUGUUAGUAGGCCUUUGAUAAAGUUAGCUUGCUUCUUUAGAGAAAUUUGUUACAAAACCCUUACGGUUUCAGAUAUUGUGACUAGUGAGGCAGAGAUUGCAGUGACAUUGUGUGAAUUGGAAAAGAUAUUUCCUCCAUCCUUCUUUACAGUGAUGGUACAUUUGGUCAUGCACUUAGCUGCUGAAGCUAAGAUUGGUGGUCCAGUGCACUACCGUUGGAUGUAUCCCAUUGAGAGGUACCUCUCACGUCUUAAGUCUUACGUACGAAAUAGAGCUGCUCCGGAAGGGUCUAUUGCUUAA